AUGGCGACACAAACAGCAACCCAGAAGAACCCCUCCUUCAUCCUCAAAGCCAAAAACGAAGUCAUAUACGAAGACCGGCCCAUCCCCACGCUCCCCUCCCCCUACGACGUCCUCGUCCGCCCCCGAUGGACCGGCAUCUGCGGUUCAGACGUACACUACUGGGUCGAAGGCCGAAUCGGGCAUUUCGUCGUCGAGAAGCCAAUGGUGCUCGGCCACGAAUCCGCAGGCAUCGUGCACGCCGUCGGCGACAAAGUCAAGAGCCUCAAAGUGGGCGAUGAAGUCGCCAUGGAACCCGGUGUCCCCUGCCGCCGCUGCGUCCGCUGCAAAGACGGAAAAUACAAUUUGUGUCCUGAUAUGGCGUUUGCGGCGACGCCGCCGUAUGAUGGUACGCUCGCGAGGUAUUAUACGCUGCCGGAGGAUUACUGCUAUAAAUUGCCUGGUAAUAUGAGUAUGGAGGAGGGUGCGCUUAUUGAACCUACCGCCGUCGCCGUACACAUUACACGGCAGGCUUCUAUCAAGCCCGGCGAUUCCGUCGUAGUAUUCGGUGCCGGGCCUGUUGGUCUACUGUGCUGCGCCGUCGCGAAAGCGUACGGCGCGAAGAAGAUCGUCACCGUUGAUAUCAACGACGAGCGCCUCAACUUUGCGCUCAAGUACGCGGCGAACGCGAGUUUCAAGUCCGCAAGAGUGAGUGCGCAGGAGAAUGCUGAGAAUCUGGUUAAGGAGUGUGAGCUGGGUAUGGGCGCGGAUGUUAUUAUUGAUGCGAGUGGCGCGGAGCCGUGUAUUCAGACUGCUAUUCAUGCGUUGAGGAUGGGGGGGACUUAUGUUCAGGGCGGCAUGGGCAAACCCGACAUCAACUUCCCCAUCAUGGCCAUGUGCACCAAGGAACUCAACGUCAAGGGUUCCUUCCGCUACGGCUCCGGCGACUACCAAACCGCCAUCGAUCUCGUUGCUGGCGGCAGGAUCAGUGUCAAGGAGCUUAUUACGGGUAAGGUCAAGUUUGAUGAGGCGGAGAAGGCGUUUGCGGAUGUCAAGGAAGGGAAGGGGAUUAAGAUUUUGAUUGAGGGGCCCGAGGGGCAGUAA